AUGGCUGCUAACGGCGUUGCCCGCAAAGCACCUCCGGCGUCCGCGAAGAACAGCCUGAUCGAUUCAGACGUGAUAAAGGAUGCCAUGCCUGAGAAGAAGGAUAAGGUGGUCUUGAAGCUCAAGAAGCCGGUGCCGAAGCCUACCAUACCGGGAAACUGGAAAGAGAGCGAUGCUAGCAACAAAGAUAUUCCUACCACAGGAAGCAACUCCCCAAUCGUAAACGGUCAAGAAGAGAAGACCAUCGCCGGGUUUCCGAGCGGCCGCCCCGUCGAAGACAAAGUAGACACGGUGCAAUGCAAGCACUGUCGCCGCCCCGUACUCCGCGCCUCUGCCGCGAUCCACGUCCGCGACUGCCUGAGCAAGAAGCAGGAGAAGCUGAAGAAAAAGAAGGAGGCCAAGGAAGCCAAGGACGCGGCCGCCAGGAAAGAGAAGGGCGAGGACGAUGAUACUGGCAAGAACGCGCGCAAGGCAAUCAAGGGCGCAGUCGUCGAUGGAGAGGGCGCAAAGAAAGGAAAGAAGAGGAAGCUCGAAGGAGACGAUGGGAAGCCCGGUUCCAAGAAGAAAAAGAAAGACGAACCCAAGCAGAAGACGGCUAAGCCUAAGGGGCCCGUGGAUGUCGAGAAACAGUGCGGUGUCGCGCUACCCAACGGCGGCUUCUGCGCGCGCAGUUUGACGUGCAAGAGUCAUAGUAUGGGUCUCAAGCGGGCUGUGCCCGGACGGAGCCUACCGUACGACAUGCUGCUUGCACAAUAUCAGAAGAAGAACCAGGCGAAGCAACAGCGUGCCGCCAUCGAUGCCAAUGCACCCCUCCCCGAAGACCUUGAGCCCUCUGGCGCCGUCGACUCGGACGAAGAGAAAGAAGCCAUCAUGGCUGCCCUUGCCCGCCACCGUCCUCGGCCCGUGGUCACAUACACACCCAUUUCGCUCCAAUCAAAAUAUCAGCAUCGUCGCAUGAAAGACAUGCUGCGUUCCUGUCUCGGCAACCCUCCCGGAACCUCCGUCUACCCUCAAGACUCCAACACAAUGGGUGCUGUGCGCGGUCUUGCAAUGUCCAAUGGGAUGUUGCCCGGUAGCGCCACGAGCGAAAAUUUUCCCAAUAGUGCAGGUGGAAUGGGCAGUUUCGCGCCACCACUGAGCGCUGGCCUGGAGGGUUCGGGAAGUAGGAGGCAGAGCGCGAUCAACAUGGGUGGUGCGGGUGGCCCGAGGAUGAUUGCGCCGGGGCAGUUGCCCGGGCCGAGUCCGCAGAGGAAGGGUAGCGUGGCGAGUGUGGGCGCAUCGUAG